CUCGUACCAACACCCUAAGAUAGCAAGGAGGAGCUCUGAAAUUCACCAUUUUCACACCCAAACUCGAGCUCAAGAUAGAGGAUCCAAGGAGGAGUGCUUGGAGAAGGAAAAAGGUGUAGGAAAGUGUGGAAAUUGAGGAACUUGAAUUAAAGUAUUUUUGAGCUUCGCCGGAGUUUCGUCGGAGUUGGUCAAAGUUCGCCGGAGUUGGUCAAAGUUCGCCGGAGUUGGUCAAAGUUCGCCGAAAUUAGUCAAAGUUCAAUCGAGAAGCGUAGAACGUGCUUGAGCUUAAUUAAGUUUCAGGUAGAACUUGAAGGUUGCUACCAUCAGCCGCUGUUUCGGGAAGUUUCUGAGAAGAAGACUUGAAAUGGAACCAGUUGGAAGGAUCACUAGAAGGAACCCGUUGGGCCGUGCACCGGGUGGGUCCGAGCGCGGUAGCCGGGGGUCCUCUAGGGGAUCAAGAGGAAGGGGCCAUGGGGGCCAACGUCAAACCGUGAGCGAUGGCCACGUCGAUACCGAAAAUGAGACCUAUUGGUCCUAUGAGGACUCAACCUACCAGCCGGGGACUCAGCCAGUUGAGACCCCUUACGAAGAGAAUGAUGAUGAUGUGAGUGAUGAGGAGGAAAGUGGCUCCUUGGCCAGGAUCGAAGCGCUGCUCCAACAGUAUGUGUUGAAUGUCGUACGUCCCCGGGAUCUUCAUGUCCCGAAGGCCGUAUGUCCCCGGGGUCAUGUUUGCUGUGUUUGAGCCUGUUCGUAGUAGUGGAAGUACGUGGGUCAUGGUGUCUGGACCCACAUACUCUAUCAAUUUAUAUGUAAGGUCACCAAUUUUUUUUUCAAUACAAUGUUAUAGAAA